UUUCCAUUUUGGCAAAAAAUUGUAGCAGUGGCUUUCCAGAUAAAUCACACUGUUUUCUGCCCCUCUUCGUUCUUCUCCAUUCGAUCCAUCACAAUGCACAUCCCCGCUGUCCACGCCGAACUCAAUCUCCCCGUGCUCCACGCCUUUAUCCGACAAUACCCCCUCGGCCUCUUCACCACCUCUAUUCCUCACCCCAAAAAUGACACUCUGCAAAUGUCCCACAUUCCCUUUGUGCUCGAUGUCGAUCCUGACCAGGCGGACGACAAGGGUCGAUUGAGGGGCCACAUGGCUCGUGUUAAUCCCCAAUCAAAAUCAAUCAUCGAUUCUCUCAGUGCCAAGGGCGACAGUACCCAGCUUGUAGAGGAAGACAUUCUCAUCGUCUUCAACGCCUCCGUCCAUUCUUACGUUACUCCCAAAUUCUACCUGGAGACUAAACCCACGAGUGGUAAAGUUGUUCCUACAUGGGAUUAUGCUGCUGUCCAGGUCUAUGGUCGAGCCAAAAUCCAUUAUGCAAACAACGACGCCACGGGGUCGUUCUUGCAAAAGCAAAUCCAAGACCUUUCCGAGCAAGAAGAAAAGACGAUGCUUAAGCGAACGGGCAACGAAGGCGGCAGUACAUGGAAGGUCAGUGAUGCCCCUGAAAAGUAUGUGGAGAUUUUGAAAAAGGCGAUUAUCGGGGUAGAAAUCGAUAUCAAAAAAAUUGAGGGUCGAUUCAAAUUGAGCCAGGAAAAAAAUGGAGGUGACUGGCAAGGAGUAGUCAGCGGGUUUAGGAGCUUGGGCACGGAUGAAGGAAAUUCAAUGGCUGAGAUGGUUGAAGAGAAUGGUAAGAAGAGCUAGACAGUAGAGUGUUAUCGUCAAUUAUUCGAUUAGAGCUCAAUAUAUUUCUUGCCGCAGUCAGUUGAUACGCCUUACCAGAUACUCAUCCCUCUAUUGUUCCCCUGGCGCUAUUCAUACAUUUGGGAAGUUUGAAAUAGCCAUAAACGUCUACUAGUACCGGGCCACAGCAGGUUGUAUCGCAAUAUGCAACAAAGCUACUACUGCUGUUCAUAACUCUCC